UAUUUCAUUUCUUGUAGUGAGACUGUGAUAAGGAGCUGAAAAUUCAUGAAUAACACACAGAAGAUGAGUAUGGAGGAGUCAUUACUGCCGAUUUCAAAGCCAAAAGAUGAAGAAACAACAGGUUUUGAUCUAAUGUCACGGUAUGAGCUCAUUCAAGAAGCCAAAAACCUAAGUUUUAUAGCAGCUCCAAUGGUGGCUGUCACUCUAUCUUUAUACUUGAUCAACGUUAUAUCCAUGAUGAUGGUCGGUCAUCUCGGAGAACUCGCACUUUCCAGCACCGCGGUUGCGAUCUCUCUCUCCUCGGUUACCGGCUUCAGUGUGCUCAGCGGAAUGGCCUGUGCACUGGAAACUCUAUGUGGGCAAGCAUACGGGGCGGAGCAGUACCGAAAACUCGGAAACCAGACUUAUAGUGGUAUAUUUUCUUUGAUAUUGGUAGCUUUUGGUGUCUCUAUUAUAUGGAUGAACAUGGAGAAAUUGCUCAUUUUGAUUGGUCAAGAUCCUACAAUAGCUCAUGAAGCUGGAAAUUUUACAAGGUUGCUUGUUCCUGCACUUUUUGCUUAUGCAAUUUUUCAGCCACUCAUCAGAUACUAUCAAACACAAAGCUUAACUACUCCCAUUCUCAUAAGCGCCUGUGCCACACUUGCAUUACACAUACCUUUGAGUUGGGUUUUAGUGUUCGAGUCGGGGCUUGGAAACCUUGGCGGAGCGCUAGCGAUCAGUAUUUCGAAUUGGUUGAAUGUUAUUUUUCUUGUGGUGUACAUGAGGUAUUCGUCUGCUUGUGAGAAAACUCGCGUUCCGAUUUCUAUGGAAGUGAUCCAUGGAGUAGGGGAGUUCUUCCGUUUCGCUAUCCCUUCUGUUUUAAUGAUUUGCUUACAAUGGUGGUCGUAUGAGAUUGUAAUCUUGCUGUCAGGGCUGUUACCAAAUCCACAGCUCGAAACUUCAGUUCUAUCAGUGUGUCUUACAACAAUCGCCACUCUUUAUUCAAUCCCUUAUGGACUAAGUGCUGCAGUGAGCACCCGAGUAUCGAAUGAGUUAGGAGCAGGAAAUGCAAGAGCAGCGCGAAAUUCUGCUUAUACCGUAAUAGUCAUUACGGUAACUGAGCUUAUUGUGGUGAGCGCUAGUCUCUUAGCCACCCGGCAAGUGUUCGGUUACACAUUCAGCAGUGAAAAAGAAGUAGUCGAGGCUGUAUCAGCCAUGGCUCCGUUACUCUGUUUAUCCGUAAUAAUUGACGGAUUUCAGGACAUCCUUUCAGGUGUCGCGAGGGGGACGGGGUGGCAAGAUAUAGGAGCGUAUGUGAACUUAGGAGCGUUAUAUCUUAUUGGAAUUCCAAUUGCUAUCAUUUUAGGAUUUCGGUUUGAGCUUAGAGGAAGGGGACUUUGGAUUGGCAUUCAAAUUGGUGCCGGUUUACAAGCAGUGCUGCUCUUACUAGUCACAUUUCUUACCAAUUGGGAAAAACAGGCAAGGAAAGCGAGAGAAAGAAUCUUUAAUGAAAAUUCUUCCAUGGAAAAUUUAUUAAGAUGAAUGAGGAAAUAGCUAAUUAUUUUCGAGUAUAGGCAAGAAUUUAUUUUUUUAUUUAUUUGUUUAAUUAAGUAAUUUGUAUGUAAGUCGGAUCACCCUUUAUGGCUGUAAUGAAAGAAAAUAUUUUUGUAAGGAGACAAUUAAUAUUGUUUAGAAAAACAAACACAGAGCGUUGAUAUAUUUAGAACUUAUAAUGAAAACCGGUUACUACAGAGCGUUGAUAUA